GUGGUAUUUUUAUGUGACUCUUCUUAAAAAUUUCUCAGUUUAAGUUAGAGCGUUGGCGCAUACGGUUUGUUAAUUUUCUGUUUUCUUUUCGUUCAGUGCAAUAUAUAUUUUUAAAAUUUGUUACAUUCCUUAGAAAAAAAUUAAUUUAAAAAGUCAUGUUCAAAUCCGUGCUUAUUGUGUCGUGCCUUUUAGUGGCUGGCGUACGCAGUCAGGAUCUUAAAGUUGAUGUCGUCAGUGUGCCAGAAGUUUGUGAUCAAAAAUCUAAAGCUGGUGAUACACUUACCAUGCACUACACUGGUACUUUAAUUGAUGGCAAAAAAUUCGAUUCUAGUUUGGAUCGUGAUCAACCUUUUACUUUCCAAUUGGGUGCUGGUCAGGUUAUCAAAGGCUGGGAUCAAGGUUUAGUUGAUAUGUGUGUGGGUGAAAAACGUAAAUUGACAAUCCCCCCAGAGUUGGGUUAUGGUGAUCGUGGUGCCGGUAAUGUUAUUCCUCCCAAGGCUACUUUGAUCUUUGAUGUUGAACUCAUCAACAUUAGUAACAGCCCACCAACUACCAAUGUCUUCAAAGAAAUCGAUGGAAAUGGUGAUAAGCAAUUGAGCCGCGAAGAGGUAAACGUUUAUGUCAGUGAAUAUUUGAAGAAACAAAUGACUGCCGUUGAAGGUCAAGAUUCUGAUGAAUUAAAGAAUAUGCUUAAGGAAAAUGAUAAAUUGGUUGAGGAAAUUUUCCAACAUGAAGACAAAGACAAAAACGGUUUCAUUUCACAUGACGAAUUCUCUGGUCCCAAACACGAUGAACUGUAAAAGUUGUUAACUAUAAAUAAUUCCAUCUCUAACUUAAUUUAAUUAAUUAAUUAACUAUACUCUUUUUGUCGCCUUUAUUAAUUUUCAUGUUUGUUUUAAGUUAUUAUUGUAAAGAAGUUAACAUUAUCCAUUCAACAUAAAUACAUACACACACAAUACAAAAGAUAAUUGUACGCUUUACUACUCUUUUCCAGAGUAGAUGGAAAUAUUUAAUAUGAACAUUUGUUAUCUAUCA